CCGACGUACGACAAGUCACUCCCGUACGCACGACAACCGAUAGUAACUCUUACCUUAACGGAGCUACGCCAGCAUUGGGUAGAAUUGCAAUAAUUUAAAAGAUAAACCCCGAUAUUUGUGUCGCACUUAGCGGCAAGCGAACACAUCACACAUUGAGCUGUACAGAUGGGUUACGCCAAAAUGACUCGCACCGCCAGACCGACGCUUUACGUAAAGGUAUUUUCAGAAUAGCUCUAGCCACAGAUUCUAGCGGGCGUGUGGACAGAUGCUUUACGUAAAACGUUUACGAGAAUACAGUAGCACUUAAGCCCCGCCCUUACUUCCGUCAAACGUCACGAAAAUACGCCAAUUCUUCCAAUAUAAAAACAACAGUCUUUUAACUAGAAUAGUGAUUGAGUCAAAACUAUUUCAAAGUAUAAAAAAUGCGAGAUGAAAUUCGGUUCUUCAUUAGCCGGCGAAUUUACAUAAACUCUCUAUACGUAAACUAACCUCGCUGCUACAACAAACGUCUGAGCUUGACAACGUGUAAUUGACUCUUUAAUAAUAGUAAUUUACGGUGUAAAAAGCGUAGAUUUUUAAAAUAACGACCAGUUCGUUAGUAAAUUAGGCUCGUAAUUAAUCCAGUACAUUGUGAAUUAACUCUAGUUUCAUCUGAGCCUUGGCGCCCAAAAAUGGCGUCAGUAAACAGCAAUUAGAAGUCAAGCUAAUUAGCUAAUGCUAAAGCUUAAGUAACUGAAACUAAUAUGGCCUAUCAAAAUAUGCUCAGAGCCAUUGAUAGCCUCCUCUGCCGGUUAGUCAUUGUAAUUCGUGAGCUUUCUCAGAAGAAGAAUGACAUUGAUCGAGAGGUAGAAGUUUAUAAAGCUGACAUUGCAGAGAGGAGGACUUGCAUUGAAACAACACGCGCACUUAUCAAGGCAUUGGAAGAGGAUACGGACAUGAAACGCAACACUUUGAAACACAACCGGGCAGUCGCAAAAAGCAUGAAGGUGACUCAGGGCUUACUUUUGCAGUAUAAGCACACUUUGAAAGCAGAACUGGAGAGUGUGAAAGCCAGUUACAUCAAUGACAAGAAAGUUUUCGAAGAAAAAAUUGCAAGCUACAAGAAGCUGUUUCAGGAACAUCAAAAGCCGUUUGCGCAAAAGCUGCAAGCGCAAAAUGACGACACGGAGAGCCCAAUCAUAGCCUCUCAAGAUGAUGUGACAGUGAAUGCCAAGGAAGGGGGCGGGGCCUACAUCACUGAUUCUGGUGCUCCUUGUUCCUCCUCAGAGAAAGGACCAGCCAGUGACCUUCAUCUGGAGUGCACAAAAGCAGACAUGGAAAUGGAGAGUUCACCUGUGAUGGAAUCCCUGACUGUCUUCUCUGCUGUGAAUGUGAAUGAGACAAAGAGGUGUCUGAGCAGUCCGCAAACCUCUGCGGACGGGAACCCCGAGGAAAUGGAUGCGCAAAGCGAGGCCCAUGAAUCAUUCUUCUGCAGUACUGAUGAAACAAGAAGCAGUGAGCAACAUGUGAGGGCAGAAGAUCAUCGUGGACCAGAUGAGAUGUCCAGUGAGGGUGAGGAGGACAAGGAGAUAGGACCAUUAAGCCAAGCAAAGCAGUCGACUGUGUCGGAGGAAGAGGAGGCGGCACGCGAGCAAAUGGAGGAAGGCGGUCCAGCAGAGGAAGAGGAGCUGGCACCACAGGAACACGCCGCUCUACUGCCACUGCAGUGUGAACAAACAAAACCUCAGUCCUCCCCUGUGCCUGGAACGCCAACAUUCCACUUUAACUUCAGCCCGACUCAGUCCCCAGUUCAGGGCCUGUCUGAUAGCAAAUCUCCAGCCUUCGUGUUCUCGCUCAGCUCAAAUCCCAGCACCCCAGGUUACGCCGGCUUCGUCUUUGAUGCGGUCCCCUCCCAUGAUGAGGCUCUGUCGUUCCCGUUCAGCAGCUCAUUUUUCACCGACAAGAAAAACCAGGAGACCAAAUCAGGAGAUCUGGACUUCCUGUUCAACCAGCCGGAGCAGAGCGACAACUUCCAGUUCCUCUUCACCUCGGAGAGCCCCACGGAUAACAAGGACAUCACCACCGACUUCCCCUUUUCAUUCAACUUUUGAGAGAAGACAUUUGCAAUCGCUUUUCUGCUUGCAAAAAAAAUUGUGAAGGAUGUUCAGAGAAUGUUUUUGGGAAAUGUCCAAAUGCAUGCAUGUUCUGUGUUGUGGCAUCUGGUUGCACGUUUCAAAGCCUGUGAUUAAAUGCAUAUACCUGUCUACAUGAAAACAU